AUCUUUUCAAUCAUUAUUAUAGGGUUAAUUCUAAUAACAAUCACCAGAAUUGUAAUAAUUUUAGCUUCAGUACUUUCAAAAAAAGCUCUUACAGAUCGAGAAAAAUGUUCUCCAUUUGAAUGUGGGUUUGAUCCAAAGUCAUCUUCACGCCUACCUUUUUCACUUCGAUUCUUCCUAAUCACUAUUAUUUUUCUAAUUUUCGAUGUAGAAAUUGCUCUUAUUUUACCUAUAGUUCUAAUUAUCUCUACUUCAGACAUCUUCAUAUGAACAAUUACCUCAAUUAUUUUCAUUAUUAUUCUAAUUAUUGGAUUAUAUCAUGAAUGAAAUCAAGGAAUAUUAAACUGAUCAAACUAG